AUGGAGAUCUUUAGUACCACCACACUGUUAUUAAUUGUCUGUUUGAUCUUCCUGAUCUUAAGUAUCACACAUGCCAGGAAGCACCAGAACAAAGGUAGACUGCCACCGGGGCCCACCCCACUGCCCAUUAUUGGAAACAUUCUCCAACUAAAUGGAAAAGAGGUCUUCAAGUCGCUCAAUAAGCUGAGUGAGAAGUAUGGCCCGGUAUAUACCAUUCAUAUGGGCAUGGAAACAGUUGUCGUGCUCUGCAGCUGUGAUGCAGUCAAGGAGGCCCUCAUUGAUAACGCAGAUGAUUUCGGUGCUCGAGGACACAUGCCUCUACUGGAAAGGAUAAGCUCAGGAGGACAUGGAGUGGUCGCCAGUAAUGGGGAACGAUGGAAACAGCUACGACGAUUUUCUCUGAUGACCCUCAGAAAUUUUGGAAUGGGUAAAAAAAGUAUUGAAGAGAGAAUCCAGGAAGAGGCCUACUUCCUUAUAGAAGAAUUUAGGAAAACCAGCUGUAAGUCUCUGGAUCCAACUUUCUAUUUCUCCAAGGCAGUUUCAAACGUCAUCUGCUCAGUGGUGUUUGGAAGUCGGUUUGAGUAUGAGGACAAAACUUUUCUCAAGCUUUUGGGUUUUUUACAUGAAAUUUUUAAAGGUUUUAGCUCUGUCUGGGGACAGAUGUACAACGUGUUUCCCAAAGUGGUUGGAAAGAUUCCGGGACCUCACCAAAAAAUGUUUAAAGCUAUUGAUGGCAUUCAGAAAUUUAUUGAAGAAAGGGUGAAAAUGCAUAAAGAAACCCUGGAUCCAAGUUCUCCUCGAGACUUCAUUGAUUGCUUCCUCUUAAAGAUGGAGCAGGAAAAAGAUGUGCCACAAACUGAAUUUCACAAGAAAGGCAUUGUGAAUACCACAUUCGAUUUGUUUGGUGCUGGUACAGAAACUGUCAGUACAACGUUGCGUUACGGACUGUUGAUUCUGCUCAAACAUGCAGAUGUUGAAGAACGCAUCCACAAAGAGAUAGACCAAGUCAUUGGUCGGAACCGGGCUCCUUGUAUUGAAGAUCGAUCUCGUAUGCCAUAUAUGGAUGCUGUGAUCCAUGAGAUUCAGAGAUUCAUUGAUCUCAUCCCAAUGGGAAUCCCACACAAAGCGACUCGUGACGUGCACUUCCGAGAUUUCAUCAUUCCAAAGGACACCACUGUAUAUACCAUGCUCAGCUCUGUUCUCCAAGACCCCAAGCAGUUUAAAUACCCUAAUGAAUUUAAUCCUGGACAUUUCUUGGAUGAAAGUGGGAAGUUCCGUCGGAACGAUGGGUACAUGCCCUUUUCUUCAGGGAAGAGGAUCUGUGUGGGUGAAGGUCUUGCAAAAAUGGAGCUCUUCCUGUUUUUCACCACAAUUUUACAGAACUUCACCUUGAGAUCCCCGGUAGACCCCGAAGACCUAGACCUUACACCACAAAUGAGUGGAUUUGGAAACAUGCCAUGUACCUAUGAACUAUGCUUCAUCCCACGCUAA